AUGACGCGCGCCCUGGCCCUCGUCGCCCUCCUGGGCGCAGCCGCCGCCACCACCGCAAACGCCCAGCUCUCCAUCUCGCUCGCAGAUCAGGCCAGCAAGGCGCAGCCCUCCGCGCCCGCUUCCCUCGACCUCGGCGGCGGCCUCACCUCGGGCGGCGCACCCGCCGCGACACAGGCCCCUCCCACCCCGACCGCCCAGUCGUCGGUCGCCACCACCCCGCUCCCCACCGGCGGCAGCGUCUCGGUCGUCAGCGGCGCAACCGUCAGCCAGCUCACCAGCAGCAGCAUCAACACCUCGCCCGCCGUCGCACAGGGCACCCUCACCUACAGCCAGCCCCCGCUCCCCUCGAGCACCACCACCAUCGACGUCUCCGCACUCCCCACCUCCCUGCCCCCCUACGGCCACACCGUCUCCUCCAACUUCACCCUUCCCUCGGCCACCGCCACCGCCACCUUUGCCACCCUGCCCCAGCUCGCCUCCAACCCGUACCAGAUGGUCUUUGCCGACACCUCGGGCCUCCCCGACUACCAGUGGAACCUCGCCCUCGCAUCCGUCCCCUCGCUCACAAAGGAGGCCAUCUGCCGGCAGCAGGUCGACUUCUGCGCAAAGGCAGGCUGCGUACAGGACGGCGCAAAGGUCAAGGACAACUUCUGCGAGACAAAGUACAUGGGAGCCGCCUGCCGCUGCGACAAGGGCGACUCGAGGCUGCAGCAGUACAACUGGCCCGUCAUGCUCGCAGACUGCCGCGGCCGCAACACGGCGUGCAAGGACGCCUGCCAGAAGCCCAACCUGGGCACCGCUGACAAGAACAAGUGCACCCAGGCCUGCGACGCAAACUACGGCAGCAACUGCGGCGCUCCCGGACAGUACGCCGCAAACUACGCCGUGGCCAAAAAGGGCCAGAAGCCCAGCUACGCCAUCAUCCAGGGCGGCAACGCCCAGAACGACGCCCCCGCCUCGCAGCAGGCCCGGCGCUGGGCUACCACCGCCGUCGCCGCCGCCAGCGCCUUUGCCCUCGUCGUCCUCGUCUGA